AUGCUCAACUCAUCUACAGCCACUCGUUUUGUUGCCUCUUCCAUUCAAAAGCUUAACAAAGCAGGCUAUUCUGCUUCUGUUGCUUCACACCAAGCGCUCACCACCACCAUCAUGAUACAACAACAAUCGGGAAGGGAAUUGGGAAGAAAUUUUACAACAACACUUUGUAAUACAAAUCCUAAUACAACACCUGCUGCUAAUACUACUACUGCUGCUAAUACUAUUAAUGGUGAACAAGGAAAGUGUCCUUAUCAUCACGAUCAAAAGGUGAAUCAGCCAGUAAAAUCGUGGUCUGAAGUUCCUGGACCAAAGGGAUAUCCAAUUGUUGGUAAUGCUAUGGAUUUUCAAAAGAAUGCUUCAAAUCUUUCAGAUUUUCUCAUGUCCUUGUGUAAUGAAUAUGGAGACAUGGUUAAAUUGAAUGUUUUCAAGUUUAAAAUGCUGGUUCUUGCCAAUCCAUACCUUUUGGCUGAUAUGUUUAAAAGGGAGGAAAAAAGAUCAAAUCUUGACAGUUUCAGAUAUUACAAACUCCAGAGAAAUCAAAUUCUCACUCCUGUUGAAAUGAAAUUUGAAGAAGAUUGGAAUUCAAUGCGUCAACUUUACAACAUUGCCAUGAAGCCAGAAUUCCAAGAAACUGUUACCAUUCCCCAAUUAUCUGAAUUGAAUGGAGAAUUUAUCAGAAGAUUGAUAAAUAAUUUGCAAUCUGUUCCAGAAAGUGAAAUGUACAAAUAUGUAAAUAGCUCUGACACAAAUUCUAGAUAUGCCUUUGAUGUUGUAAUGAAAGUUUUCCUUGGUGUGAAAAUUACAGAUGAAUUAGCAAGCUCUCUUCCAUUUGACAUUCGUGAAUUUGUAAAUUAUUCAGUUAAAGCUACUGAUGCUGCUGUUCGUUUAGAUUCUAAAUUUCCAAUGUAUAAAUAUUUCAAAACCAAAGAGUAUGAAAGCUUUGAAAAAUUGAUGGAUAAAUCAACAGAAUAUGCAAAAUAUUGCAUUCAAAGAUUCAAAACAAAUCCAUCACAAAAUCCAAGAUUAUUAGAAUUGAUGCAAGAAAGAGCUAAAGAGCUUGAUAGACCAGAUGAGAGAAUUGAAAGUGUAUUGAUACAAUUUUUACAAGCUGGUGUUGAUGUUACUGUCAAAAUGUUGAACCAUUGUUAUCAUAGAUUAGCUCAUCAUCCUGAACUUCAACAGAAGAUUUAUGAGGAAUCAGUUGCAGUAUUUGGAGAACCAUCUAUGGAAGAAUUGACAUCUGAAAAUGGCCUUUCUCUUACUAUGGAACAAUACAAACAACUCAAAUAUACCAGAAUCUUUAUUGAAGAGGUUUUGAGAUUGGAUUUAUUCACUCACCUCGCCAGUGGAAGACAAUUGACUCAGGAUACUGAAAUUGGAGGAUACAUGAUUCCUAAGGAUACAUUAAUUCUUGUACAACAAAAAUGGGCCACCCUCAAAGACGAAUACGUACCUCGUGGUGCAGAAUUCAUUCCAGAACGUCAUGAGAAAGGAUCUCCUCUUGCUCCUGUUAAUAAUUAUGUUUCAAUGCCAUUUGGAGUUGGAGCUCGUAGAUGUCCUGGAGCUCGUAUAGCAACUACUGAAAUUCAUUUGGGAAUCAUCAAUGCUGUUAGACAUUUCGUACUAUCAAACAAUAAUUUACCAAAUUUCCCUCCAUUCUCUCAUGAUGCUGCCUUACUUUUCAUUGAUUCUGACAAGUAUCCACUUUAUUUCACACCAAGAAGAGAUCAAGUUAAGGACUUUGUUGAAAAGAAGGAAAAGAAAUAA